GUAUGUGGAACAUUCGGUUGGCGUAACCUGUAGCGAAUGGAUCGGUGGUUCCGCGCGCUCUCAUUACAAGUUGCGAAAAAUAUGGAAAACUAUUGAUUUUUCCUUCGGUUUACUUUUUAAACGGACGGUCGUUUGCUGAUAGAAUAAGUGAUAGUAUCGUAGCAGAAAAUUAGCGAUAGUGCAAAUAGUUUGGAGUCGAAUUAAUUGCGCAAAUUUUAACACGCAAUACUUUGUGAAUCAAUCAAAAGAAAAAAAAUCAUUGCGAGAUAUUCGAAGAAAAGAGAGCUGAUCAUCGAAUCAAGGUGAUAAGGGAAGGGGAAGGUGUUUGCAAAUUUCUGUGGGGAGGGAGAAGUGGUUUAAACCACUCAACUCGUUUUCGUGUGACGUGUUGCUCUCUGUGUUGUGUGAAGGCAAAAUGAAUAAUAAAAAGCAACGAAUACGACUAGACAGAAAUAAACUGAAGGUGGUCACGUUUUGCGUAUUGCUAUGUGCAUCCAAUUUUUUGCCCGCACUGGAGGCGAAAAAGACCAGCAAAAGCCGCGGCAAGGGUUCAUCUUCCGGUGUUAGUACCGGACGAGUUUCGAAACCAGCCCAGCCGGCCCCCGCCUCAACGUACAGCAACCCCGGAAGUCUAAGCUACAGUGGCUACCAACAGAAACCUAAACCGGCUCCAUCAGCACCGGUCGAUAAUACGGCCAACUCGCGACCAAUCGGGUGGAAUGUCAACAAUCAAGCUGGUAAACCACCAGCUGCACCACCGCCAUAUGCGGCCCAACCGGGCAAGCCUCCAUAUCCGGUUCAGGCUCAAAACGCCCAUCAAAGCCACGGGGCCCCGCCGCCAUAUGCGGUCAACCCUCAGCACGGUCCACCACCUCCGUAUUCUGCCAUGAACAAUCCGAAUGCUCAUUCGCCAUUCAACCAAGCUCCGCCACCGUAUAGCGCUGGAGCAGGCGGUCAUGGUUUCCAGCAACCCGGCCAUGCUUCGGGAGGAUUUGGACAACCCGCCUACGGUCAUUCAGGUGGAUUUGCUCAGCCAGGUGGAUUUGCCCAACCUGGUGGUUUUGCCCAACCUGGUGGUUUUGCUCAGCCUGGUGGAUUUGCACAACCUGGUGGCUUUGGGGGAGGUUAUCGUCCGGCAGGUGGAUAUGCAAUGCCUCACGGAGGCUUGCAAGGUGGUGGUGUUGCUCCUGUUGUUAACUACGCCCAAGCACCGGCUUUCCCGAUAGCAGCUAUUCCAGUUGGAGCUUACAAACCGCAAUCUUCAGGAAUAGGAUUAGGUACUAUUGCUGCAGGCGUUGGAACCGGUUUAUUGGCCGGUGCGGCCGGAUCUGCCAUCUACAAUGCUCUCAAACCUGAGGAUCGAGUAAUCUAUCGAGAUAGACCAGUACAAUCGCAGCCAGCUCCUGCUGCUGCUGCUCCAGCGGCCGAUGCAGCUCCAGCUCCAGCUGCUCCUGCUCAAGCUGCCGCUCCCGCUCCGGCUGCUCCCGCGGGUGUCGCUCCAGUUGUUCCGGUUGCUGGUGGGGAAGCAGCUCCAGCUGCUGAUAAGACAAUGGCCAGCGUUCCGGACACUCCGACCAUCAUGAACAACAACUCAACCGAGCAACAAAUGAACAAUUCAACCGAAUCAUCCUCCCUACCUCCGUUGGCCACGGCCGACAAUAGCACAGCUCCUGAAGCCGCAGCAUCUCAAAAGCAGUACUACCCACCACCUGGUCAAUAUUAUCCCGCCACCGGUCAGUACGUUCCUCCGGGAGAGUACGAUCCAGCUACGGGAGUUUUCACCCCCGGUCGAUAUAUUCCAGAUACCAUGAUUUUCCAGCAAGGCCAGUUUGACCCUUUGACUCAAAUCUUUACGCCCGGUAUGUACGAUCCAGCAACCGGUACCUUCAACCCCGAUCCCAACAACGGACCCGUUAAUCUGAACACUGAGCUAGCGGCCUUGAGCCAGCAGGAACCCCAGCAACAAAUGGCAACGCCUGUGCCGACCACGACCGCCGGCGUAGCUGGCCCGUAUACGUCUUCAUUUACCAUGCUGGUCGUCGCCCUGAUGGCCACCAUCGCACGCUUCAUGCACUAAACUGCUGCGAGUGACACUCAUUACUAAAAUUUACAUGAACAAAAUGACAUCAACUCACGCUUUUGGCUAGGAAUCUCUUAAUUUUCUUGUGCAGUAGCGACAAAAGAACCAAAACAACCAUGAACAACAACUAGGAAGUACGAUUUGCAUUCAUUAGAUAUUCUGUCGAUAAGUACCUAUCAUCGGGGCAACGUAUUUUAAUGCUAGAUAGAGAGAAAUCCACAUUGAAAUCCAUUCAAAAUAUGUUGAGAAAAAUCAAUAAAGUAACGUACCUUCUACAAAAUACAUCUGCUUCUUAAGCAUUUAUUUUGAAAAAGGAAUAGAGUUUUUAUAAAGCAUAAUUUUUUUUAUGAGAACCAGUGUCUAUAAAAUUAAAGAAAAACAGCACAUGUUAGCAACAAUAUUUUGUAUGAAGAACCAUCCUUGGUCGCUGAAAGGCUAAAUUGAAUUCAAUUGGAAUAAUUAAAGUGGGAAAGAAAAACGGUCAUAAUAAGAGCACUUUAAUUUGGAGCUGUCGUCAUAGAGCCUAAACUUGCACGUUUAACGUUAGGUUUUGGUAAUUUUGAAAAGCAAUGAUAUUUAACGGCACUGACCAAGACCAGUAGGGCUACUUUUUGAAGAUGGUGUUUUAUCCAAAUAGCAACUUGGACGUAAAAAUUAGAGGAAUAAAUUUGUGUGAUUUUACUAAGGGUAACAGAAAAUAGUGCUUUUAAAAAUCGUCCGACUUAGAAAAAAGAAAAGCUACAUUAGAAGUCUGAAAUCGGACAAAAAAUGAUUUCCUUUGAAACGUAUAGCAUUAUUAUCACGUCCGCAAAAAAAUUAUCCCACUUUGAACAACCUGUAAUAGUUAUGCCAUAUAUACCAUUACUAAGAACAAGUGAAUCAGAUUGUUGAAAUUUAAAGUAGUGAGAGCAUAUGAAAGGAAUGAUAAACUCACACUGAUUAGUUGGAAAAUUCCAGACACACGACAAUGGCAUCAGAUUAUAAUAGGAAUAGGACUUAAUGUUUCACAUUAAUUGAUCACGCUCUCUCAACAACGCGAAUUGCACACAAAAUCACAAUACGGAGUUCUAACGAGCUUCGAAUUGAAUGUCGCUAAUGGUCAUCACACUUCAACACCCGUCAGAUCAGAAAAACAUUUCACUCGUAACCUGUUUGCCAAAUAUCUUUACACAAAACGUUCAUCAGCAAUUGUCACAUGCUAUCGUAACAAAAAAAUAUAUCAGAAAUUGGAACUCGUGGCUUGGUCCCUGACCAGCAGACAUUAGGCAGCACGACUGAUCUUUACAAACUUGUGUAUAUUAACGAUAAUUACCAUCAUUUCGGUAUGUCUGUUGAUGAAAAAAAUGGAGAGAAAAAACUAAAUCCGAUCUUCAGCAACAGCGUGUGUUCAACAGAGAAGCUGUUCAGAUUUCAAGUGGAUCGAAUUUUUAUCAUCAAAUUAUAAGCAUCGUAGUAUCGAUCAACGAUAUCCAGACACAGUUGAGUUUAAACACAUAAGCAGACCUAGUUUUUGAGCGCAACGUUACAAAAUGGCUUAAGAAACAUUAGUAUCUUAGCCUUUUUAUCAAUGUCCUCUCUUCAUGAAUGUUAAUUUACACAUUCUUCAAAAUGCAGCUAAACAAAAUUGCAUGCUAAAGUUUUGUAAGACCUCUUGUCAUUUAAAGGCACAUUUCAAAACUAUUGCAAAAUUCAGGGCAAAAGGCCACUGUGUAAUUCAUUAAAAAAUAAAUCAAAAUCUACCUAUCGAGUGUGAUAUUAAGUCAUGGGAAAAGAACCUUUACCAACCUUUCAAUUUGUGACCCACGUACACUAUUCACUUCUUUAUUGGGAGAACUUCUUAAAAUGCUUUUGUUUUGUCGUUUUCAAGUGGGUCUUUAAUCUAAUGUUAUAAAAAAAAUUUCGAACGUUGAACAACUGUUAUGUGAUAAAAAAAAACUAAUGAUAUUCGAUUAAAUUGAAGAAAAAACAACUGAAAAGAGUGGAGUAAAAGAAACAAAAGUAUUCUAUUAACCCCUUCUAGCCUUUAUUAUUUACUAAAGCAGGUGUUGUAGGAAUUCUUUAUACUAUUUAUAUACUAACAUACGGUAGUAAAAUAAGAAUGUAAUCUCUUCGAUGUUCGGUUUAUUACUAUCGUAAACUUGAAAAAAAAAAAACAAUCAAACAAACCUUCUAAAAACCACGUGGAAGAAUCCUUAUGUGAGCUAAGCAAAUAUCAUUUUUUUAAUGUUCCUUUUAUGUUUCUUCUUUUAUACAAAUCAAUAUGACCAUGUUUUUUUUAAAUAAAAAAGUCAACCAGCAAAAAAAAACACCAACUAUCAGCAAAAUAUUUUGUAGCAUGUUAGAGAGAAUAUUCAAAAGUAUAAUAAGGCGCCCCGCCCAAAGAGUGUGCUUUCAAUGUAAUUAUUGAAUCUUUUUCCUUGUAAAGAUGAUUGUAACAACAGUUUUUGAUAAUUUUUGUAAAUAAAGGAUUUUUCCAAGUAAACA